AUGGCUUUGGCAAAUGGCUCUGUGGUAACUGAAUUCAUUCUCUUGGGACUAACAGACCAGCCUGACCUCCAAGUACCCCUCUUUCUGGUCUUUCUAGUAAUGUACAUGAUAACUGCACUGGGAAAUUUGGCUUUAAUUUUUCUCAUUGUGUUGAAUUCUCACCUUCAUACCCCUAUGUAUUUUUUCCUUUUUAACUUAUCCUUUGUAGACUUUUGUUACUCUUCUGUAAUUACACCAAAAAUGCUGAUGAACUUUGCUGUAACGAAAAAUCUCAUCUCGUAUGUUGGAUGUAUGACACAGUUCUACCUAUUCUGUUUCUGUGUCAUUUCUGAGUGUUAUAUUCUAACAACAAUGGCCUAUGAUCGUUAUGUGGCUAUCUGCAAUCCACUCUUGUAUAGCAUUGUCAUGUCUCCUAAGGUGUGUUCCUACCUUAUGCUUGCUUCAUAUUUGAUGGCGUUUUCUAGUGCUAUGAUUCACACUGGAUGCAUCCUGAGACUGACAUUCUGUGACAGAAACACAAUCAACCAUUAUUUCUGUGAUUUCCUC